AUGGAUUCCGACCAAGGAUGGAGAAACAGUAACUGUCAUGACCAGCUCCAAACGUGUUAUGGAGAACUCUACGACUGCAGCAACGAUUACGACGCUAUGAUACAACGCAAUCUUGAUGCACCAAUGCCAUGGAUAGGAAUGUACAUUGCAGCAGCUUCUGCCAUCUGCGCCCUUGCUAUGGCAGCUGAUGUUAUCAGAGGCUUCCGAAGCAGGAAGCUAUGGCUCCCGUGUAAGUACUUCUCUCUCAACGCUACUUCUUUGACACUCUUAACCGUCACAAUGAAGCUCACCGUGGAUCUCACAAGUAGCAUGAUGGGAACCAACGACAAGAUUGCAAGCGUAGGCAGUCUAGUCCUGAUGUCAACCGCUGUUGGCAAUUUCAUGACAUCUGUAGCUUCCAUGGAGAAAAAAGAGAUUCUGUUGAAUCUAACCGCUUUAGCCAUUCUUGUUAUCACUAUUGCAGUCAAUGUAUGCAUCCAUAAUGUCCAGACGUUUGAUGUUCUUGAUGGGAAUGUCGUGUUGGCUGAAGAAGUAGCAGCUAUUGGUUUCAUGCUUGUUUUGGUUAUGUUGUUGUGUUUCUCUUCGAUGGUGGUCCCGACCACCAAAGGGUAUGUAGAGUCCAAGUACCGAGAGAUGCACAGGGUCGCCUCAAAUGAGAGGAGGGAUGUGGGUAGAUUUACUGUUGAGGAGCUUAGAGUGGCUCUGAGGCGAUAUUGGGUGAUGGCAGAAACUGGCAGCCCUCAGUUUGUGAUGGCGCGUUCUGUCAUCUCUGGUGCUUCUGGUUUGAUGUGCCUUUUGAUGGCUCUUACGUUGGUGGAGUCAUAUGUACGGGUGAGGUUGUUGUACAGUUAUUUUGGCCGUACAAGAUCUAACUACAAGUGGUCGAUGAAUUGGAUUAUGUACAUACAGUCUGUUGGCGUGGCGUUGGGUACUAUUGCUCCUUUGAUGAGAUGGUACGUUGCUGCUUGGUUCAAGAUCUCGGAGAUUGGACAGAGGAAUUUUGUAGAAGAAUUCAGGAUCGAAAAGUAUUGGACUUCGCGGGUGGUGGAGUGGAGAGAGAGGCCGCUUCCUUUGCAGAUUCGAUCACAGAAGUUUAGGAAGCUACUUCAUGAAGCAAAGAGAUUUUUGUUGAGUAUUUGCAGUGGAGUUCUUGUUUUCUUUGUUCUAACUAGCAAAAUGGUUAUCUUCAUUUCUGCUAUAUUUGGAAAACCAAUGUUGCUGUGCUUUCAUCGUGACGAAUCAAGAGAUGGGAUAGAGUCUUAA